AGAUUCAUAAAAGGAAGCAAAAUCAAAUCAUGAGCGUUUAUAAAAAAAUUGAGGAAUAUAAAGAAAUUGAGGAAUAUAAAGAAAUUGAGGAAUAUAAAGAAAUUGAGGAAUAUACGGAAAUUGAGGAAUAUAAGGAAGGA